GAGAAACCGGGUAGCAUUAGAUUUAUUGAUAUAAAAGUUUACAUGCACUUCUUACAAAGACACCUCUGAUAAAAGCAAAAUUACAUCCAAGUCUUUGUAAGACAUUCCCUGUCAUCUUCGACGCCGGCCACCGGAGCCGCCGCUCUGACCCACGAAGAGAGGAGCGCCAAAGCUGCAACUUGAAGCCGAUUCCCAGCUCGACGAAGGAACUUUCGAAGAAGCGACAUACAUUUUUAACGCUACAACAGUCGGCACAUCGCAAGAGCCAAUGCACACUUGAAUCAAUGAACGCCCGAGCAAACCGUCGCCGAGAGAAAGGAGAUACGGCGCCUCAAGACGUGCUGGCGACCUCCAAGCAAGCAGCGACGAAACAACCCCAAAAGGGAGACUCCAACCCGAUUUCUCAAGGUAGGAGGAGACAUACCUCACAACACCAUCCAUAGAAGACACGUUGCCAUCGCCGCAGUCGCUGGAGAUGCUCUGGAGGAACAAAAGAACUGGUCGCUUGAACCCUAGGCCACUGAGAUGAGCUCGCCUUCGCGUCGCCGCCGACGAAGCGAAGAACCUAAUCCUAAUCCUAACCUAACUAGAAGUAUUCUAAUAGGAGGGGAUAUGUACACCAGCCACCGAAUCCCCACUUUACAGGCUCACCGGCGCCAGAAAGGCCACCGGCGGCGAGGAGAGCCAGCGAAUCCGGUAGCGGGAGGGAGAAUCGCCUCGAAGUCAUCUGUUUCAACUGUAGCAGGGGAACGAGACGAGAGGAAUCCGCACGCAACUGAGAGCGUCUUUCAAAAGAGAAUUCAGAAGUGAGAGUUUGAUUAUUGGCCCGGCCCAAAGGAAAGGAGUUCAGGUCAGCGCCAGGAAAACCCAAACCCACUGCCGCGCCGCACCAGAUCACCGUCGCCAUGUCCGCCGCCGCAGCCGACUGGCUGCCGUCAGCGUCCGUGACGGCGUCCGGCCGCCCGGUGCUGUCCGCCGGCGAGGUGGAGCGGAACCUACUCCCGCUCGUCGACCUCGAGCCCGAGGAGAACCAGCGCCUCGCGCCCCUCCGUGGCUGCCUCCUCGCGCUCACCUCCCACCGCCUCAUCUUCCUCCACGAGCCCUCCCGCUCCGCGCGUGGGCUCCCGCUCGCCACCGUCGUCCAUGCCUACCCUCCGCACCGCAGGCACAGCCACAACCCCCUCCGCUCCCUCUUCUCCUCCUCGUCCUCAUCUUCCUCGUCGCAGCACCACCGCAUCCGCCUCCAGAUCUCCAUGCCGCCCGCGCGAUCGGAGGUCGUCGCCAUCGUAGUGACCUGCAAGGCCGACGUGGAUGUCUUCUUCGGGAGGCUACUCGAGGCGAUCCGCGCGAGGGCCUGGGAGAUGACACCCGCGGCUGCUCCGGCGAGCGCCGCCCCCAUGGCGGAAGGGGCCGCGCCGGCGGAGGACAUCGCGAUCCGGAUGCCCGUUGUUGGGGUCUCGGGGAUACUGCGGAUGGAGCAGGAGUCGUGGGAGAGCGCCGGGCAGAACUUGCAGGAUGCCUUCCAGGAUCUUAACGCCCUCAUGAGCAAAGCUAAGGAAAUGAUGCAGCUAGCAGAGAAAAUGAGGCUAAAGCUAUUAACGAACUCACCAGCUGAAUCAAAUUCCAAUGACGAAGAGAUGGGUUCUAAGCAAGACAUGCAGGAUUUGUUAUUGAGUGUUGGCAUUGUGUCUCCUGUGACGAAAGAAACUGCUGGUGCUUUGUAUCAUCAGCAGCUGUCACUACAGCUGGCGGACUUUGUAAGAAUACCGCUUGAGAAAGCAGGGGGUAUGAUAGCACUAGUCGAUGUCUAUUGUCUCUUCAAUCGUGCCAGGGGAACAGAGUUAAUCUCACCAGAGGAUCUUUUGCAAGCGUGUUCGCUCUGGGAGAAAGUUGAUGUCCCAGUCAUGCUCAGGAAAUUUGAUAGUGGAGUGAAGGUGAUCCAGACCAAGACACAUAGUGAUGAAGAGGUAUUUGCGAGAAUCUUGUCACUUGCUCAAAAGCCGGAUGCUCUUCGGAAAGGGAUUAGCCCAAGUGAUGCUGCAUUCACUCUGGGAAUUGCACCAGCUUUAGCAAAGGAGCAUCUUCUAAAUGCAGAAAAUAAAGGCUUGUUAUGCAGGGAUGUCAGUCCAGAUGGAUUCCGCUUCUUUGUCAAUUUGUUUAAUGAGAUUGAUGCCCAAAAUAUUUACACGCAAAAACCACAUGGACUGUACCACGCUUGGAUCUCUGUUGCCAUGGCGUCUCAGUGACACUGGUCAGAUCAGCUGGAGCAUAUUGCUGCAACUCUUUGAAAACGUUUGAUCAAAGUUUUGUCUGAAUAUCCCACCAUUGUGUAUGAUGUAACACACCUAAAGACGUGAUGUAACAAAUUCAUGUAUUUUGUGGAAUGAAAUAGAAUUUGAGUGCGAUGUUUCAA